UGCGCUCCGGCUGUACACUCUCAUUGGAGAGACGAAGGUCACAUCACCCGAACCAACAGCUCUCCACAAACUCAGGAUGUUAACUCGCCUGGUCAUUUUUGCGUUCUUAGCGGCCUCGGGAAGCGGACAACCUCUCCAGGGUAGGAGCCAAAAGACCGAACUUCUGGUGGCCGUGGGCAUACUGGAGGAACACGUGCAAGACAUCAAGCAGAAGGUUAAUGCCCUGCCGAACUCAGGAGCCCUAUGUCCGUACCCGUACAAGCAAGUGCUGGACGAGUGCUUCUUCCUGAGCAAGAUCAGCCUGAACUGGAACCAAGCGCGACAGUACUGCCAGGGCAUGCAGGGCGACCUGGCCACACCCAGGAACGUCUAUGCACUCAAGUCCUUCGUCAUCGACACUGCGGGAGAAGUGAACGAGGCUUGGCUGGGAGCAAGCGACCAGUCCUCGGAGGGAACGUGGAACUGGCUGGACGGCCGCCCCAUCGCCUCGGACUGGUCCAGCGGGCAGCCUGAUGACGCCGGAGGAAACGAAGAUUGCCUUGACCUCAGGACGAAGUGGCAUCCCACCCUCAACGAUUACCAGUGCGGAGUGGCCCAGCGUUUUGUGUGCCAGUACAAUGGCUAAUGUUUCACAUGCCUUUUUUUAGCAUUUUAUGUCCAGAUUUUUUUUUUUUUUUUAAUCGUGUACUUUUUUAGGAAAAAUAACAAUGAGAAGACUAUUUUUUUUAUUUUUUUUA